AUGUCAUAUACCAACGAAUUGCUACUGGAAUGGACAAAAGCUGUCGAAAUCAAUGAUCUACAAGCCGUCCAGACACUUUUGCAAGCCCAUGGUGAACUCUUGUGGGAACCCGUAGCCAUACCCGUCGAGUCCGAUUACGCCCACCUUUUACCACAGCUCGAUCGUCUACAACUCUUGGGCACUUCAUUUGAGCCACUGUACGCAAUACAAUAUCUUUUACUGGAACACUUGGAAUCGGACAAUGAUACGCUCACUGAUGCGCAGAUCCAACGCUCAAAGUUACUAGAGAUUCUUCUAGAGCAUACUUCAUCCAGCGAUCUCAAUACUUACUGCUGGGGGGCCAACAAUACUACCCUGCAUUUGGCCAGUUUUUUGGGUCAAAAAAACAUGGUUCGAUCUCUUCUCGAAAAAGGCGCGCUUCCCGAUAUCCCGAAUGAUCUAGGGUAUACGGCCAAAGAUGUGGCUCAAACAAACCAAGUGGCGCACCUGCUGGCACCAUCUGCCCAGUCGCCCAAGCCAUCCAAAUCCACUCCUUCCGAUCGGUUUAGGCAAUUACGUGACUUGGCAGAAUCCUCAGGUGGAACCGGCAAACUCGCUCAACGUCAAAACUCAACGCAUCGCUAUUUCCGUCCUGGCCACAUUGAAGAACGAAGAAAAAAAGUACUCAACGAAGAAGAAGAAGCCGAGUUGGAAAAAGCGCGAUCCAAACGCCAGAAAGAAGUGGAUCAGAUUGCUAAGCGAUCGGCGGUCAAGAACAACCCCUUCAUGAAGCAGCUUGAACAACAACAGCAGCAGCAAAACGCAAAAUCUCCACACACUCCACACCCUUUGCGAAAACAUUUGAUAAACGACAAUUUGGAGUUUCAGCUACGUCGUGAUUCCAAGGUCAUCUCCUCCCUCAAAGAUAAAUCUUACGUAUCCGCCAGCGUUUUCCGCAAAGCCCGCGAUAUGGCCGAACAAAAGCCCUCACGAUCCAUGUCCGAAUUUGCCACCGACUCCAAAAAUAAUAACCCAAAGAGUGGAAGUAAAACAGAUCCGGAAGCAUCGGACACGGAUGACACAGAAAACAUCACUACCAACCAAUCGCCAUCACAUUCUUUGGGGGACGACGACCACCACGAUAAUUUUGCAACAAAAAGUACUCUUUCUGCCGGGUCGAUCGACGAAAAAGUCGAAAAGGACACAUCAGACGCUGAAGACAGGAAUGAAUUCGGCAGUGUCAACAAAGAAACCGAUUCUCAGUCGGAUACCGAAAGCGAUACCGCUACAGUGAUUACAGUUUUGGCAGAGGACACGGAGAGCCUCUCAGAAACCGGUAAAGAUGCCGUAUCAGCUGAUUUUACAACCAUUACUGGUGAGAAUACAUUCAAUGCGGACGGCCUGUACAAGAGCGAAAAGGAAACGGCUGAGGAGCCUGCCAGCAGCGAACCAAGUGAGCCUAUGGAAUAUGUAGCCAAAGUUGGAUCUCCUUUAACUUCCGACCGGCAGUCAAUCGGCAUGACCAGAAGCAUUCAUUCCACUUUUAUUCAAGACAAUAUCAGUGCAACUAAUACAGAAGAGCCGCCAGUCAUAAGCGAUUCGACAAACGCAAUUCAUCAGUUCGACAAAGUGACGACAAAAGAGCCUCUUCCUGCCCUCGCAUCACAAGAUGUUAUCGAUUCAACAUAUGAAGAGACGAUCCUGGAUGCCCUGGAAAGCGAUAAAUAUGACAAAGAUGCCAACUGCAUUGUAAACAGAUUGUCGCGCGAAAGCAAGCCGUUGAUCAGUGACGCUGAAAGUGCGCCUGUAACAGCAGCCAACGAGACCACCGAUGAAAAUGCUGUAUCCGACGAUGAAGAACUUUCAACCAACGACGAUACUUUAGAAAACGAGCAUACCUAUUCAUCCAUUGUUGCGUCAACUGAAAACAUUUCUCGGGUGGACAGAUCUUCUUACUCACCCGCACCAAACGCUGCCCUCGUCUCUGAAUGCGAAGUUGCGGAUGGACCUACGAUGACGGCCGAACUGGAAACGAACGAGCAACCAACAUAUGGAGCAUCAAAUGGUGAUGCCAAAUACUUGCAUGUCGAUGAAGAGAGAAAGCGUCAUUCCAUUGCACCAUCGCCGAUUCACGCAACAAAUUUUGAAGACAACAUGCAUAUCACAUCUGUUUCCUCUUUGUCUCGUACGUCGUGCGACUCGACAAUCCAUUCCUCUGCAACAUCGAUUACGGAGCCGAGCAUAAAAUUACCAAAAGACUGGAUUGUGGAGGGAAGCGGGGACCAAGAAGAAGCAACACUGUCCGUUGAUGUACUAGAAAACUCUGCAAUUACGCCCCUCACCCAGGGAGACGAGGAACACCCGAUCGAACCUUUGACCAACUUGCUUCACGACGACGACUCGGCCGCGACAUCCUUGGACGAAUCGACAGCAGCUAGGAGCUCUGUGAGAAAAUCAACCAGAUUAUCGCUCAUGAAUCCUUUAACCGAGGCCAAGCGAAUGUCAAUGAAGCAAAGAAUGUCUCAGACCACGGACGAAUCAAAACGGUUUAGCGGCAGCCAACGAUCGCAUUGGUCGGUUGGCAUGAAUUUAUGGAGUUCGGUGUUGAAGCGCGAAUCCAUUCAAAGCAGCAAACGUUACAGUGUCGCUCAAUACAGCGAAACAGACAGCGAACAAUGGUUCGAUAGUCAGGAGGAUUGGUUAGAACACGAAACGGAAAUGCGACGAUCUUUGAAUCCACCUUACAUCCUAUCGCAAAAUGACAAUGAUCAUGUACAUCAAGAAAGUGACCAAGAAGAUGGAAGAUUGCGUGCUUACUUGAGUCUAUCCAAAAACGAGACGAUCAGUGAAGUUGAUGCUCCGGAAGAGAUUUCUGUGGACCAACAAAGGAGCGACAGCAACGAGGAUCUGGAGGCACCCCCAACUAUGACAAGGCGCAAAUCGCACGAGGACUUGCGAACAGAAGCAAAUGCUUAUGCAGAAGAUGUCGAUACUUUCGUAACACUAUCGACGACACAAACACCUUUAAGCGAGCCUGUCGAAAAUGUUGAAACAGAUGAUGUCGCACAGGAAUUUAUCAGUGAUCGAAUUUCGGCGGACCCAACCGAAAAAAAAGCUGGUCGCAAUGAUGCCGGUCAUGUCCUGGUAGAAUAUGGGCGAUCACGAAAAGGGUCUGUUUCCUCGGAUAACGGAACGGUGCAAGAUGCUCCGGCUACCACUCAGAGCAGCCCAGUUGACCCACGCUCUUCAGGUGAAGAUUCCAUCAAUUCCAAGGCCCCAUCAUCUUUUAGUACCCGACCUCCAUCGGUGAAUGGCAGCGUGGAUACGUGGAUUCCUGUAUCACCUUCCUCCACAGAUAUCGAACCGACCACCAAAGAAAGUACAGAGGCGACCCAGGAAAGAGAUUUCGGUAGCGUAUCUGUACGAUCGACAUCCCGCUACGUGAGCCGUGUUCUGAAUUUCGAUCCGCCGGAUCCAGCAAAAGAAGUAGCCGCUGCGUUUGACAGCAAGAAAAUCGAACUGUUGCCUGAUGACCCGUAUCAUGAACAAAGUAGAACACCCACUCAGGAGACUAUCCAAUCCGUUGCACCGGUUGAGCCGCCCACCCCGGCGGUGCCUAGUUACGGUAAACUUUAUGUACAUGUUUGUGGAGCGUACAACUUGCUUUUGCCGUUACCCAAGGAAACUACGUACGUUCGCUGCGUCAUUAGCGACGGCAAAUACGAGUACAUGUCGCGAUACGAGGUGCUCGGACAACACGUCAUGCUGGACUAUGAAUGCAUUGUCGACGCCAAUCCGGAUAUGAUUGUCACGGUGGCACUCCAUGUGCGCCCUGACUACCAUGUCAAACCACGAACGGGUCUCAGUAAAUGGCUCACUUCGAUACGAAAACAAAAGGAAUCUAUUUCCGGAUAUGUCCAUCCCGAUGAUGGAGCGAUUGGUCAGACUCGGUUUGCUUUAGCACACAUGAUACAGGCUUGUUCUGAGAAAAGGUACGAUUCCAAUUUGGAUUGUUUCAAUUCCUGGUACGCUCGUUCAGCGCGAGAGCGACAGCGGCAACAACAGCUCGGUGAUGACGAUGUCCUAAAGGUGGUGGGGAACCUUGCUGUAAGCAUGCUGUAUCUACCCAUGUCGGAUCCGGCCCAGACGAUACCCAAGAAUCUGCAUGAAUGCGACCUAAUGCUAAAAAUACGCCAAUGGCACGAGACCUGUUGGCACAGCGGUUACCUUUCGAUACGAAUGCAAGGAACUCAGGUGUGGGUGCGUCGUUACUACCGAUUAACUGGUAGUCAGUUGGUGGGAUACAGCCCACAGACGCCGUCAUGGCAACCUGUGGAUCGAUAUGAUAUUGCGGAUGUGGUGCGAUUGAGUGCGGCCACGGACCAGAUUUUGGUUACUUUGGUCGAUCUUCCCGAUCGUGUGUUCCAACCUGAACCGAUAUGCGAAGACAAUCAACGAGGUUUCUUUAGAAUCAGCUUCCCAGAUUUUUAUGUUGACUGUGUGAGCGAUAAGGUUGAAGAAAGCGAAGAAUGGCUGAAAGCUCUACGUUCCAUGAUCGGAAGAGUCCCCCAACUUCAGUAUUCCGUAUUUCCGGUUAGAUCUCAGCUAUACGAAAUUCCACCCAUAUCAGAAGUACCGUAUUAG